CUCUGCUCUGCGAGGUAUAGGAGUUGACAGGACAAGUGUGGCUCUUCGUCAAAAUUCCGUGCUGCUGCUCUCCUCCGGAAGGCAGUGAGCGUGGGCUCCUGCAGCUGCUUUCGUGGAGCUGUCGACGCCUGUCACCUGCCACUCCUGGGCUCCCUGGCUGGACCUGGCUGGACUGACUCCCUGGCUGCGAUCCCAGCAGAGCGAUGUCUCCAGACCCUUUCUGUCUCCGAGGCGGGAGCAGUGAACUUUGUUCCAGUUUUUCCUGGACCUCUCCCAAACAGAGCCAGAAGUUAUCGUUUUGAAUUGCUUGCAGCUUUCCCUCUAAACUUUGAAACCAUUCAUGGAAGCUGAUGGCAAUGCCCUCGUUCCUUUGCGUCAGAAGACAAAAAAGAAAAGUCAAGGGUUCUUCACAAUGAGCCGACGGAGGAUAUCUUGUAAGGAGCUGGGGCAAGCCGAUUGCCAAGGAUGGCUCUACAAAAAGAAGGAAAAAGGAGCUUUCAUUGGCAACAAAUGGAAAAAGUUCUGGUGCGUGCUGAAGGAGUCAUCGCUGUAUUGGUACAGCAGUCAGCUGGCUGAAAAAGCAGAAGGAUUUAUCAGACUUCCAGACUUCAGUGUGGACCGAGCAACAGAAUGCAAAAAAAGCAGUAAUGCUAUUAAGAUCAGCCACCCACAGAUCAAGACAUUUUAUUUUGCGGCAGAAAAUGUUCUGGAAAUGAACACGUGGCUAAGCAAGCUGGGGAUGGCUGUAGACCCUCAGGCACCCAAUGGGAAGAUGAAGAAGGUAUAAUGCUAUAGUGAAAGUGAACACGAUGAUCCAGAAAUAACAGACACGCCACCUCCCCCCUACAUGGCCCAGUCACAACCUCCUCAGUUGGAUCAACAGAAGUCCUCUUUGACCUCGACUCUGUCAAGUGAAGCAUCUGCUCUCUCUCAUCUCCUGAAAUUUAUUUCUGAGAGGCAGUCCUGGCUUGACCUUGUUAACAGCUCAGCUGUGGAAGAGGGUGAUCAGCCUUUAACCUUCUGUGUGCAGAUUCACUCUGAUGAGCAAACCAGAAGUAGACUGUGGAGAAGCAGAAGUAAGCCAGAUCUGGCCCAGUAUGUGCCAGAUGCAACAGGACAGAAAUCGCCAGCCAAAGAUCAGGAAAAAUGUGAUGAUGAUGAGAUGGAGCGACUUUACAAGUCAUUAGAACAAGCAAGCCUGUCUCCCAUCGGUGAUCGUCGGCUUUCAACCAAGAAGGAGCUUAGAAAGUCAUUUAUCAAACGGAGCAAAAACCCCUCCAUUAAUGAGAAACUCCACAAAAUUCGAAUGCUAAACAGCACAUUAAAGUGUAAAGAACAUGACCUGGCCACAAUUAACCAGUUGCUAGAGGACCCAAAGUUGACGGCAAUGAAGUACAGAGAAUGGAGGAACACAAACAUCAUGCUGGUCCAAGAUAUCUAUCAGCAACAGGAGGUCCAGGAUGUGUCCACAGAGAAUAGUGAGGAACAAGAGACAACACCAUUGGCUAUCACUGAAAGUGCUAUCUGAGGCUGUGUAUCGACAGUUCACUGCAAGAUUUUUCCCCCACAGGUCUUCAUGUAAAGACACUUUAAACCGUUGCAUUCUGAUUUUUUUUUUCCCCCGAGUGUUCUUCAUAAGGAAAACAGCCCCUUCUCCAAAGCUUUAAUUCCUUUUGCAAAACUUAUUUCAUGUCAAAAGAACAAAUCCUUCAAAUUAAAACAGCAUGCUGGAAUCUGGGCUGCAUAUCUAAGAAGAAUAUUUUAUGAAGCAGUGAAGAAAUGUUUUUCCAUAUUGGGAGAAGUAAAUUGUAUAUGUGCAACUUCUGGAAGUCACAGUGCUAUAUAAUAUGAACUGUAUAAAUGUCAGAUACUUGGGGUUGUUUUAAUCAUGUAACUUGCUCAUAAAGGAAGCUACAACAAUUCCAAAAGGAUGUAGUUUACUCUCUACUUUUUGACCAUGCAAGGUAACCUGAUAUAUAUAUUUUCAUUUCUACAUUCGUUCACUUUGACUGCUCUACCAGUUGGAAUUGAGACAAAUCGAGUAGCAAUUAUGUAUGAAUUUAUACUACAGACUACUUUCAGGCACCCAGUUUGUGUCAUACCUGAUGUUUUAUGAAUUAGACAUUUAUUUACAGUCCAGACCAAGGUACUGUCAUUCUAUAUCAAGAACAGAAGGUCGCUCAAUAUGUUUGGUAAAAUGUAAAUUGCUCUUCAGUGAGGCAAACAACCUCUCAACAAGUUUCAAACUUUUCUGAUGGACUUAACAGAACUUCCUGGAAGGCUAUUUUCUUUCAUAUUUUUGAACAAUCAUGAAUAUAUAAGGUACAAUUUCACCCCAAACUCCUAGAUAGCAAGGUGAUCAAGUUUGCAAGGAAGAAGCUAAAUACUUAAAUUUCUGAUGUGGAACUGAAAGUGUAAGGCAUAGCUGCAAAUAUUUUUGUAAAUAUAUGUCAUUUUAUGGCUUAUAUGAAUGUGACUAUGUACUGUAUAUAUGUUUUAUUUAUAUAUUUAUAUAUGCUGAAUUUGCUAAUGUAGAUAGAAGCACAUGGACCAGACCCACUUAUGUGAGUGUACUUACACAGUGACUUGAAAUGCUUCUCUGUUCUUUUUUCCAUUAUGAAUCACAGUAAUGGAUCUUGAAUGAAGAGUACCCUGGGACUUCUGCUGUAACUUCUUCUGUCUUUCAACCUAACUUUGAGAUUUUGAUGAAGAAAAUCUGUGUAAUUUAGGGCAGGAAUAUAAGUUUGCUAUAAAAUUUUGGAAUUUCUCUUUGGACAAACAAAAAUGAAUAUGUUAAGAGAUUUUGCUACAGGAUCAUUACAUUUUAGCAUCACUGUUCUCGGUACAGUUUUUUUUUUCUCCCAUCUUCAGCAUGUGUGCAAGUAUGAGGAACUUUGCAGAGUGCCAAUUUCUGAAAAGCAAGAAUUAAUCCACCAUUCUCCAAUUAAUGCCACUACAAGAACUGGGGGAAUUUGCACUUCUGUUGGCUAUUUUGUGAAGAUAUUGUCAUUGGUAUUCAACAGAUUUUAUCUUUUAAAGUAAAAUACACUAUACAGAUGCA